CAACCAACUUGCAGCAGCAAACUCAAACGGCCUUCUCAAGUAUUUUAUAUCUCUUUCUUCUUUGUUUCCACUGACUACGACGACGCACAGUGACGACGAGUAUCGUCUCCUCAGACAGAACCUAUUCGAACAAUAUUCUACCAACGUCGUCGUCGUCCUCCCCGUCGAGUCUCCUGUCGUUCCAGUCCUACGCCCUGCACCCACGACCGUCCAAAAGUCGCCAGAAAGGUCACCAUCUCCACGUCCAAAGUCCUCUUCCGUUACCGUAGCAAGUCUUCUGCGGCGCGCAACAGGCCGCAAGUCAUCUUCUACUUCACAUCCCAAACCUCCAGACACCCCGAAGCGCAGUGUUAUCCCGCGAUUGCUACAGAAAAAACCCGCCGAACGACCUCCCAAUUGCACAGACCUCCGCCCCCCUACGGACUUACAUUCUCCCAGAAUACCUCAUGCCCGAUCAUACGAUUCUUCCUUACACGCACAUACGUCAGGUCAUAGUACUCCUCAACGCAAGCCCGCCCCCAUCUCCCCCUCCCUCGCUUCCGCCAUCAGCGACGUUUUUGACGACGACAACCUGUCUACAUCCGGAGACAUCAAAGCGAUCAUAUCAUCCACUAAUGCCGAGCUUCAACGCCUUGUAGAUGCCUUCAACGCCCUCGAGGCUACCACCGCCCGACGUAUCCGCAAACAGAACGCUCACAGGCUACACUCCAACACUCCCGCCAACAUCAACGUCGUACUCGGAGGAAAAGAAUGGCGCGAGCAUCGAAUGAUCCCAUCCCCCUCCUCGCCCUUUUUUGACCAGAAGUCACUCCUCAGUGAUGGUUUUUCUAUCCGUUCAGGGUCUUCAAACACGACAACCCUAUCACGCUCCAAAUCCAUAGCCUCGUUACCGCGACAUCAUCCUCCGGCAAGCCCUCUAUCACCACAUUUCCGGUCUCCGUCCAUUUCCCACUCCAUCUCCUCUGUGUCUUCGCACGGCACAUCUUCAGGUCUUCUCAGGAUCUCCACCGCCUCUAUCACAUCGCGCAGCACAAGUCAACUACCUCUUCAGAAACUCAAAGAGAACGCUGCAAUGUACUCGACGGAUACGAUAGGCUUAGGGCCAGAUGACGGUGACGCCGAAUCCGAGCUCGUUGACAUUCAACAACGGCGGGAAGACCUCAUCGCUCGUUAUUCCACCCGUCUGGAUUAUCUCAAGGCAAAGCUCAAGGGAGCGGAACUUCACGAGAAAUUACUUCGCAAAUAAUGACAUUUCAACUUGCUCUAUCCUGUUACUAAAUCUUAUAUUUCUUUUAUGUCCGAUGUAAUGAUUCUAUCUACGUGCCAGGCGGCUAAUGACCAAUAUAUAUAACGUUGAUAAU